UUCCUGGGCCAGAAACGAGCGACAGAAAACCUGGGUUCUCUCACUGGAUCCAAACCCUUCAAGAGAUCGCAACUUCUAGCUUACAAGAUGAUCAUAAAGGGGGCUGUAGCUAUGGUUACAGGGGGUGCCAGGGGAAUUGGAUAUGCUUUCUGUGAAGAACUGUUGAAGCAAGGCGCAAAAGUGGUUGUUUUGAUUGACGUUUUGACUGGGGAAGGAACUGAUGCGCAGGCAUCUCUCCAAGCCGAGUAUGGUCCAGGCUCCGCAGUGUUUAUAGAAUGUGACGUCACAAAGAAUGAAGAUUUGAAAAGCGCCAUGAAUACCGUGAUCAAGGAACAUGGAAAGCUUGAUAUUCUGUGCAACAACGCAGGCGUUGCUCAUCAGACAGACUGGGAGAAAACAUUGAAUGUUAAUCUGGGUGGAGUGAUCCGCGGUACAAAGCUGGGACUGGAACUGAUGUCUUCUGGUGCGAUAAUCAACACUGCUUCUGCUGCAGGAAUCGCGCCGUGGGGAAUUGGUCCGGUUUAUUCAGCUACAAAAAGCGGUGUGAUUGGUUUCACUAGAGCAACUGCCAUUUCACAGGAAGCUGUGGAAAAGGGCAUACGAGUCAAUUGUCUUUGUCCCGGUGCAACAGAUACGCCCGUGAUCAGGAAAGCAAUGGAAAAUUUGCCUAUUGUGCUUAAAAAACCGUUGAUGAGAACAGAGGUUAUUGCUAAAGCACUGAUUCAGCUCAUUGCCAAUGACUCCAAGAAUGGCGAGGCACUGGUUAUACUUGACGAACAGACGUCUGGUUACCACCAGUUUAACGAAUUGGGUGUAUUCAAACCUAACUGAACGUGAACAAACUUAUAAUAUCUACUAUCUAUCCUGGCUGCCAUCAAUUUAACAGCCUGGUGUAUUCAAACCUAACUGAACGUGAACAAACUUAUUAGUCGGGCUAGGCCGACUUUAGUUUUACCUUUUUGUCAAUCUAUGUGUCAUKUCGCGUUUGKGACACCGGAAGUUCAAUYCSCAACCUUCCUGUCAUGUGAUAUUCUUUCUAACCGGAAAUCAGACAUCUCCAACUGGGAUCCCUGUGUCAUUGCGUCACACAUGACGUCAUAACAUUUAUUUAAUUAGCAUUCGUCAUAUAAGUCUACCUCCGAGUCUGCGGCAUAUCAUCGUAUACUAAUACUUUUUGCUUGACUUAUAUACUAAUAAAUUUGCUUGUUAAGAACCA